GGCCUUCCUGUAAGGAUUUGCCAGAGCACUCCCAGGCGCCCCGGGGUGCUGGCUCUUGGGAUGCUGCCCCGGGCGGCAGGCCCGGAUUCCGCCCAGAGCCCGCCCAUCUUGGCCCUUUGCGUCCUCAGGGUGACCGAGCUGCUCCCUCCCUUCCAGCGGCAGAUCCAGCCCGAGGAGCUGUGGCUCUACCGGAACCCGUACUCGGAGGCCGAAUACUUCCCCACCGGGCCCAUGUUUGUCAUUGCAUUUCUCACUCCACUGUCCCUCAUCUUCCUCGCCAAGUUUCUGAAGAAAGCGGACACCGCCGACAGCAAGCAAGCCUGCCUCGCCGCCAGCCUCGCCCUAGCUCUGAAUGGUGUCUUCACCAACACAGUAAAGCUGAUAGUGGGCCGGCCACGCCCAGAUUUCUUCUACCGAUGCUUCCCGGAUGGACUGGCCCAUUCCGAUCUGACCUGCACAGGGGAUAAGGAUGUGGUGAAUGAGGGCCGGAAGAGCUUCCCCAGUGGACACUCUUCCUUUGCGUUCGCUGGUCUGGCCUUCGCUUCCUUCUACCUGGCAGGGAAGUUGCACUGCUUUGCCCCCCAAGGCCGAGGGGAAUCCUGGAGGCUCUGCACCUUCCUGGCGCCUCUGCUCCUGGCAGCUGUGAUUGCGCUGUCCCGCACGUGUGAUUACAAACACCACUGGCAAGAUGUACUAGUGGGGUCCAUGAUUGGAAUGACAUUUGCCUACGUCUGCUACAGGCAGUACUAUCCUCCUCUGACUGAUGUGGAAUGCCACAAACCAUUUCAGGACAAGCACAAAUUCCCCUCCUCACAGAAGAAGCCCAGUGAGUCUCACCUCUUGGAUAUUUAGUUGAACCUACCUCAGUGGAGAACAAGCAAGUCAGCCUCCUAACUGGACACUGCACAAGCCAAGCACUUCUGGCUAUCACCUCUCCCGGGGUGAAGGGGUGGACACCGCCACACUGUAGUCCCGCCUCCGUGAGACUGCGCACUUUGCCCCACUUCCAAGGCUAGACCCUGAGUGAACCCUGCCUGGGGCCUGUUCUGACAAGUGGCUCUUUCAGUUCUCUCUCUGGGUUAAUAAAGCUGGGCCAUAGAUUGGUGUUUCAAGAUCUAGGGUUUCUCCAUUUAUGCAGCUGUCCCUCAAGAGACCUUUUCACAGCAGAGACUUUCAUGGCCCCAUUUUAUCCUGAAGACUUUAUUACCAAACUUAAUCUCUAUCCCUUAUAAAGAAGGGAUAGAGUUUAUGUUCACUUUUUGUGGCCACAUUCCAUUAAGCCUUAAAUAAUAAAACCACCAAGUUUGGCUAAUUUUUUACUUCAUCAGAAAACUUAUAGAUAUUAUCUGGAAGAUAAAUCUAUCUCUUCCUGCCUUUUAUUCACAAAAGAAAAAAUAUAUGGAACAAUUAUAGGCUAUCAUCAGAAUUUGACACUUGGAGGACCAAUUAAUAGCUACCUCUGUUAUACUUUAAAUAAAAUUUUGUCUUAUGUAUGUCUUUCUAUAACA